AUGAAGUUGAUUAUGAUGAUGCUGCUGCUGCUGCUGAUGAUAAUGAUGAUGUAUGAUGAUGAUAAUGAUGGUGACCAUAACGAAGAUAAUGAUGAAGAUGACCACAAAGACGAAGACAGAGAUAACCAAGACGAUGAUUGUAGUAUAAGAGAAUCCGUCAGAGAUAUUUUUACACCCUAA